AGUUCCAAAUUUUCAAUCAACCGUUUGCUUGUUCUGUGGGGAAAAAGGUUCUCUAUUCCCAUUAAGGGAAACUAAGCAUGAGCUCUCUUUCUCUCCGGUGAAGCAAGUGAAUAUCGGAACCAGUAAUUAAUGGCAGUUCGGCACAUGUCAAGAUGCUCCAUCAAACCAGAGUGCAUUUCAGACGAAUCAAAGCAACCUUUGCACUUGAACCCAUGGGAUCUCUCCCUGCUUUCCUUGCACUACAUCCAGAAAGGUCUUCUCUUUCCAAAACCUCCCCCAACCAAAGACCCUUGCAUUACUAUCAUCGACCACCUUAAGGAAUCCCUUUCCCGCACCCUCGUCCACUUUCUUCCCCUGGCCGGCCAAUUCGUCACCCAUAAACAAGAUGACCCACCUUCUUACUCUAUUUCUUUGGAUUGUAACAAGAAGAACCCAGGAGUUGAUUUUGUCCACGCUGUUGCAGAUGUUACCAUGGCAGAUAUCCUCUCCCCUGUCGAUGUUCCCCCCAUUGUUCAAUCAUUCUUUCUGUUAGACAGAGCUAUCAACCACGAUGGUCACACCUUGCCUUUGCUGGCCGUGCAGGUGACUGAGUUACUGGAUGGUAUCUUCAUCGCAUGCUCUUUCAACCACAUCGUCGGUGACGGCAAUUCUUACUGGAAAUUCUUCAAUGCAUGGGCCGAGAUAUGCAGGAUGAUGGUCAAUGGAAACCAUGAUUAUGAUCACAUCUCAUACCGACCACUCCACAGACGCUGGUUUCCUGAUGGCCACGGGACCAUAAUCAACUUACCUUUCUCUCACCCUGAUGAGUUCAUUGACAGGUACACCCCACCCGAGGUGCUAAGACAGAGAUUCUUCCAUUUCUCAUCACAAUCUAUUGCGAGGCUCAAAGCUAAGGCUAACACUGAAUGCAACACCACCACCACCACCAUAUCCUCCUUCCAGGCCUUGAGUGCACUUAUCUGGCGAUCUGUGACCCGGGCACGCCGGUAUCUACCCAGCCACCAAAAAACAAGUUGCAAGUUGGGCAUCAAUGACAGAUCAAGACUGAACCCACCAUUAUCCCCGGACUACUUUGGAAACUGCGUUCAGACCGUCAACGCAACCGUCACUGUUGGAGAACUGCUUAGCCACGGAAUUGGAUGGGCAGCAUGGCUACUGCACGAGGCUGUGAAUGACCACUCUGACAAUAAGGUGCGAGGGUGGCUGGAGGAGUGGAUGGUGAGUCCUUGCAUUUACCAGUAUGGGAAUUUCGUGGAUCCAUGCAGUAUUUAUCUCGGGAGCUCACCCAGAUUCAACAUCUAUGGGUGCGACUUUGGGUGGGGAAAGGCAGAGGCUGUUCGAAGCGGAUCUGCAAACAAGUUCGACGGAAAAGUGUUUUUAUACCCAGGGCGUGAAGGAGAAGGAAGUAUGGACUUGGAGGUGUGCCUUCCGCCAGAGUCUAUGAGUGCCCUCGAGUCCGACUCAGAGUUUAUGGAUGUGGUGUCACCGCCAUCCCACCACCACCAAAUGCACUAGCUUGCAGUAUCAUGCCCCCAAUAAUUGUCUUCUUUUCUGGGGGACCAUCUUUUCUGUUAGCUGUAGUAGUGCGUAGCAGCUGGUCCAGCCUGUCUAGAGCUCACAUGUCUUUUUUUGUGAAGCUUAUAUUCUCUUAGUAUGUAAAAGCUUUCUCUCUUUGUUUAAUCCUGCCAUGGAUAGCCACUUCCUCUA